AUGGAGAACACUCGACCGACAAAGGGUACUUUCCUUGGCCGACUAGGCAGCAUAUCCAUUAUAGACCAUAUUGGAGCAACGCCGCUCGUUCGAUUGAACCGCGUCCCCGCAACUAUCGGCGUCAAGGCCCAGAUAUACGCUAAGCUAGAGUACUUCAAUGCAAGCGGCUCUUCAAAAGAUCGAAUCGCAAAGCGCAUGGUCGAAAGUGCGGAGCAAGAUGGACGGAUCAAACCCGGUGACACCUUGAUUGAAGCUUCAAGCGGAAACACAGGAAUCGCAAUUGCUCUUAUCGCUGCGGUUAAGGGUUAUAAAUGCAUCAUCGUUAUGUCCGAGGUGAUCUCAUUGGAGAAAGAACAAAUUUUACAAGCUUUAGGGGCUAAAGUCGUGCGUACUCCUGUUGGGGUGCCAGUUGACUCACCUAAUCACGUAACCAAUACGGCCAGACGACUCCAGAAAGAUGUUCCUAAUUCACAUAUACUCGAUCAAUUCGCCAACCCCGAUAACCCGGCCGCUCAUGAAUUCGGGACCGCAGAAGAGAUCUGGUAUCAAAGCGAGGGAAAAGUCGAUGCCGUGAUUGCUGGAGCAGGGACAGGAGGAACACUUACAGGAACUGCGCGCGGAUUAAGAAAGCAUAAGCCAGGUAUUUUCAUGGUCGGAGUCGACCCGGUUGGCUCAGUACUUGGAAUACCGCGCAAGAGCAUUGAUGAGAAGACCGAGAUCCUAGUUGAGGGUAUUGGACAAGACUUUGUUCCGGAUGUUUUGGAUCAGGGGGCAGCAAAUCUCUGGAUCAACGCAAACAACGAACAUUCAUUCCGUUUUACAAGGCAGCUAAUUCGCGAGGAGGGUUUGCUUUGUGGUGGUUCUUCUGGAGCAAAUGUUGCUGCGUUAGCGCAGUUGGUUGAGAAACACCCGGAGUUGAACACGCCAGACAAAGUCAUUGUCAUCGUCUUCCCGGAUGGAAUGCGAAAUUACCUGUCAAAAUUUGUUAGCAAUGAGUGGAUGAAGAAGAACGGAUUUCCAGCUAUCGCUAAACUCUAA